AUGAAGGGUAAUGAACAUAAUUGUAGUCAAGUUUGGGUACAACAAGAUGUUGAGGAAGAACUGGGAAAGUCGCUUCGUAUUGUUUGUGACAAAAUUCGCGUCCUCGAGGAGCGAAAAUUAAAUCUUCAAUCCACUGUGUUACUUCCUAGUGGAAUUUUAGCCAAAUGGCUAUUCAAAAAGUUUAAUAUUCAAGGAAAUAAUCAUAUGGGUGAUAGUAUUAGGAGUGUGUGGCAGGGAAUUACAGAGGAAGCAAGACUUCAAAUUUAUAGUGAAAGUGUCGGACAUAAAGUGAAAGUGCAACAACAACAAAGUGUAAUUGAGGCUGAACUUGAAAAACUGCGACUGAAGUUAAAGUGCUUUACGGCAAAAAUCAAACCAGAAGGAAAAAACUUGAGUGUUUGCAAUUUUUUCCAAGGCGAAGACCUAGAAGACCGUAUACUUGAUUACGCUUGCCAGGAAUGUGGGAAAAUUUACCAAACUCGUGAUUCCUUUUCCAAGCACAAGAAUAAAAAACAUCCAUGGCAGCUUCAGCAUCAACUUGUGCCCGUUGAACCUGUGCCACUUGUGCCCGUUGAACAUGUGCCACUUGUGCCCGUUGAACCUGUGCCACUUGAGCCCGUUGAACCUGUGCCACUUGAGCCCGUUCAACCUGUGCCACUUGAGCCCGUUCAACCUGUGCCACUUGCACCCGUUCAACCUGUGCCAGUGCCAGAUGAUCCAGUGCCAUUUGUUUCACCUACAACUUCAAAAAAUGGAAGUGUUUCCUUUACUUCUGGGAAACUUCGCCUAGGAUUGUAUAAAAGACCAGUCCCAAAGGACAAUUGUAAUACUAAAAGUGCUGCAACAACUGCAAAAGUAUGCAGACAACUUCCGCUGCAACCCAAUUCUGAAAUUCAUUUAAGAGUUUCCCAAGCGACGCUCAUUAUCGUGCCAAUUUGGCCUACCGCCAAAAAACAGGUGUAGAUAGGCCAAAUGGGCGAAAUGUCACAUUGCUGUGUGAUUGCUCUGAUAUGCGUCCAGCAGUGCUAAAUGUUGUUACUCAUAAUGCUGAUCAUAUAUUGAAUCGGGGUGCCGAUUAUUUUUGGUGUAGCCGCAAGGCUAUAAAAAAAAUUGGGCAAAGCGUUGAAGAUCUAACUCCGAUUCAAAAACUUGAAUACAACAAGCGUUGUAAUUUUUUUGUUUUUUUGAAUCAACCAAAUGUCAAGUAAAGUGAGUAUCGCGCUUGCUGGAGAGUCCAAAUCUGUUUUCCUAUGAUUUCUUUCUAUGA